AGCUAGCAGUGUUUUGUUUACAUCAAUUUGCAUCAGUGCACCACCACGCAUACGUCUUUACACAUAUUAUCACCAUUCAAUUGAAAAUGGCAUCACUGACAUUACGCCGCGUUCGACCGGCGACCAUCGCGGCUACCGUCGCAGCGGGAGGCAUUGGUCUGGCGGCCUACUCGAGGUUGUUUGUGAACAGCGCGUCUGCCGAGUCUGGGGCGCCGCCAAAGGUGUUUGGUGCGGGGCCCGCGUUUGUGUCACUUGCGUUGGAGAGCUCGGAGGAUGUGAACCACAACACCAAGCGAUUGCGGUUCAAGCUACCACAGAGGGAGGCGGUCAGUGGUCUUUCAUUGACCUCUGCUGUCCUGACCAUGGCAUGGCCUGAGGGCAGGUGGCUUCCCGUCGCGAGGCCUUACACGCCCGUGCAGCCUCUGGACGACACCGGCUAUCUCGAGCUCAUGGUGAAGAAGUACCCAGACGGCAAGCAGAGCACUCACAUCCACUCCCUCACACCAGGUCAAAAGCUUCUCUUCGCCCUCGCCAUAAAGGGCCACCAAUGGAAGCCCAACAGCUAUCAACACAUUACCCUCAUCGCCGGCGGUGCGGGUAUCACGCCGAUAUACCAACUAGCACAGGGCAUCCUCCGCAACCCGGAGGACAAGACGGCCAUCACGCUCGUCUUUGGCGUCAACUCGGACCAAGACGUGCUGCUCAAAGAGGAAUUUGAAAAGUUUGAAAAGGAAUUCCCCGGCAGGUUCAAGGCUGUGUAUACGGUUAGCAAUCCCGUAGCGAAUUCGCCGUAUCGAAAGGGGUAUGUGACGAAGCAGUUGCUGGAGGAGGUCGGCGCGGUGCCGAAGAAGGAGGAUACAAAGGUGUUUGUGUGUGGUCCGCCGGCCAUGGAGGCGGCUCUUGUGGGGAAGAGAAGUGCACCUGGGGUUUUGCAGGAGUUGGGGUAUCGGAAAGAUCAGAUUCACCAGUUCUAGAGAGGAAUUCGGGCUACCUACAUGUACAUUACAGAAGCCAUGGGGAAAGAUUAACCAGAUCAAUUCUUUCAAAAGUUCCGGUCGCAAUGUUGGCGCGAAAAAGAAAGAAAAAAAAGACCUGCAACACAAAAAACAAGGCUUCAAUGAAGGAGAGCUCGGAAUUUUUGCGCCCUCGACGCUGCGAAAUAAGCCACCGCUGCGGCGGGAGAAAAGAACCAAAGAGUGAGAAGCCUACUGAAGUCCACAGCUCAGCUAUUAUUCCAAGAAUUCAAAUGACCCGCCUUGCUAGCUCAAUCGGUAGAGCGUGAGACUCUUAAUCUCAAGGUUGCGGGUUCGACCCCCGCGUGAGGCU